AUGUCUGGACAUCCUCCUGCACCUCCCCCUCAGCAGGGUCAUUAUGACGAAGACUAUGCCCAGCAACAUGGCAAUGACGCCUAUUACCAAGAUGAAAAUGGCUACCAUGAUCAACAAUACGAUUAUGGCCACAAUCAGCAACAGUAUGGUGAAGGGUAUUAUGACGAAUCUGGCUACUACAAUGCAGAUGCCGCGAACCCCUACCACAACGACGGUGGCUACUACGAAGGACACCAAGGUUACCAGGAUGAUUACUACGACGGCCAGUACUAUGAUCAGGGAGCUGCUGGCCAGCAACAGCACCAAGGUCAACGUCCAAGACGUCGUGGUCAUGAUUCCGAGGAAGAUUCGGAGACAUUCAGUGACUUCACCAUGAGAUCGGACAUGGCUCGUGCUGCUGAAAUGGACUACUACGGCAGGGGAGAUGAGCGCUACCACAGCGGCUACGAAGGACAGGGAGCACGUGGUUUCAGACCACCCUCUUCGCAAAUCUCCUACGGUGGUAACAGAUCUUCCGGCGCCUCCACACCGAUCUACGGAAUGGACUACAACGGUACCUUGCCUGCUGGGCAACGCUCUCGCGAACCUUACCCUGCUUGGACCUCCGAUGCACAGAUCCCUCUCUCGAAGGAGGAAGUCGAGGACAUCUUCCUGGACUUGACUGCGAAGUUCGGGUUCCAACGUGACAGCAUGCGGAACAUGUACGACCACAUGAUGACUCUGUUGGACUCGAGAGCCUCUCGAAUGACCCCGAACCAAGCUUUGUUGUCCCUGCAUGCGGAUUACAUCGGAGGUGACAACGCCAACUACCGCAGAUGGUAUUUCGCAGCUCAUUUGGAUCUUGACGAUGCCGUCGGGUUUUCCAACAUGAACCUUGGAAAGUCGACUCGUCGAACCCGCAAGGCACGCAAGGCCGCCGCCAAGAAGGCGAAGGAGAACCCAGAGAACGAAGAACAAGUUCUUGAAGCCAUGGAGGGUGACAACUCUCUCGAAGCCGCCGAGUACCGCUGGAAGACGCGCAUGAACAAGAUGUCCCAGCAUGAUCGUGCCCGACAGAUUGCCCUCUACCUGCUCUGCUGGGGUGAAGCCAAUCAAGUUCGUUUCAUGCCUGAGACCCUCUGCUUCAUCUUCAAAUGCGCAGAUGACUACCUGCAUUCGCCUGCCGGCCAGAACAGCGUCGAGCCAGUAGAGGAGUUCACUUAUCUGAACAAUGUCAUCACCCCGCUGUACACGUACAUCAGGGAUCAGUGCUACGAGAUCAUUGAAGGCAAGUACGUCCGACGUGAGAAGGACCACAACCAUGUCAUUGGCUACGAUGAUAUGAAUCAGCUCUUUUGGUAUCCGGAGGGCAUUGAACGAAUCGUCUUGGAAGAUAAAUCUCGCCUGGUCGACCUUCCUCCUGCCGAAAGAUAUCUGAAGCUUCAAGAAGUGAACUGGAAGAAAGUCUUCUUCAAGACCUACAAGGAAACACGGUCUUGGUUUCACUUGGUUGUCAACUUCAACCGUAUCUGGGUCAUUCACUUGACAGCUUUCUGGUUUUACACUGCUUUCAACUCCCCAACACUGUAUACCCACAACUAUCAGCAGCAACUGAACAACAAACCGCAUGCUGCUGCUCAAUGGUCUGCAGUGGGAUUGGGUGGUACCGUAGCCACGCUUAUCCAGAUCGUCGCGACUCUUUGUGAAUGGUCCUAUGUGCCACGGAGAUGGGCUGGUGCUCAGCAUCUCACCAAGCGACUUCUCUUUCUGAUCGGUGUUUUCGCCCUCAACAUUGCACCCAGCGUCUACAUUUUUGGGUUCAGCCAGAAGUCGAAGGUCGCCUUGGUCCUGGGUGUCGUCCAAUUCCUGAUCGCUCUGGCAACGUUCUUCUUCUUCUCGAUUAUGCCAUUGGGCGGAUUGUUCGGAAGCUAUCUCACUCGCAAUUCGCGGCAGUACGUUGCAAGCCAGACUUUCACGGCUUCCUUCCCGCAAUUGAAGGGCAACGACCUCUGGAUGUCUUAUGGUCUCUGGAUCAUGGUUUUCGCCGCCAAGUUCUCCGAAUCCUACUUCUUCCUGACACUGUCGUUCCGAGACCCCAUCAAGAUCUUGUCCUACACCAAGAUCCGUCAUUGCGCAGGGGACCAGAUUCUCAAGGAAUACCUGUGCAAAUAUCAGCCUCAGAUCCUUCUUGGCAUCAUGUUCUUCACCGACUUGAUCCUGUUCUUCUUGGAUACCUACUUGUGGUACAUCAUUUGGAACUGUGUCUUUUCGGUGGCACGGUCUUUCUAUCUCGGUGUGUCGAUCUGGACACCUUGGCGCAAUAUCUUCUCCCGACUGCCAAAGCGUAUCUACUCCAAGAUCCUUGCCACCACCGACAUGGAGAUCAAGUACAAGCCCAAAGUGCUGAUCUCACAGGUGUGGAACGCUAUCGUGAUCUCCAUGUACCGAGAACAUCUGUUGGCCAUCGACCAUGUUCAGAAGCUUCUUUACCACCAAGUUCCUUCCGAACAAGAAGGCAAGCGGACACUUCGUGCACCAACUUUCUUCGUCUCGCAGGAAGAUCAUUCCUUCAAAACAGAAUUCUUCCCGUCGCAAAGCGAAGCCGAGCGUCGUAUCUCGUUCUUUGCGCAGUCACUGUCCACGCCUAUUCCGGAACCUCUGCCGGUCGACAACAUGCCAACUUUCACGGUUCUCAUUCCGCACUACAGCGAAAAGAUUCUCCUUUCGCUGCGAGAAAUCAUUCGUGAGGAUGAACCGUAUUCCCGAGUCACGCUUUUGGAAUAUCUUAAGCAGCUCCACCCCCAUGAAUGGGAUUGUUUCGUCAAGGAUACCAAAAUCCUUGCUGAUGAGACAUCCCAGUUCAACGGUGACUACGAGAAGUCCGAAAAGGAUACCGCCAAGAGCAAGAUUGACGAUCUGCCUUUCUACUGCAUCGGAUUCAAGUCUGCUGCUCCCGAGUACACCCUCCGGACCCGUAUUUGGGCCUCUCUUCGUUCUCAGACUCUGUACCGUACCAUCUCCGGCUUCAUGAACUACAGCAGAGCGAUCAAACUCUUGUACCGUGUUGAGAACCCCGAAGUCGUGCAGAUGUUCGGCGGCAACUCUGACAAACUGGAGCGUGAGCUCGAACGUAUGGCCAGACGCAAGUUCAAGAUCGUCGUGUCGAUGCAACGAUACGCCAAGUUCAAGAAAGAGGAACGCGAAAACACGGAGUUCUUGCUUCGUGCUUAUCCCGAUCUCCAGAUCGCAUAUCUGGACGAGGAGCCUCCGCAGAAUGAAGGCGAAGAGCCACGCCUGUACUCAGCUUUGAUUGAUGGUCACUCCGAACUCCUUGAAAACGGCCAGCGACGACCGAAAUUCCGAGUCCAGCUUUCCGGCAACCCUAUCCUUGGAGACGGUAAAUCCGACAAUCAGAAUCAUGCCAUCAUUUUCUACCGCGGUGAAUACAUCCAGCUUAUCGAUGCCAACCAGGACAACUAUCUGGAAGAGUGCUUGAAGAUCCGAAGCGUUUUGGCGGAGUUCGAGGAAAUGACCACGGAUAACGUCUCGCCGUACACUCCUGGAAUUGCGCCGUCCAAGGCCAACCCUGUUGCCAUUCUCGGUGCCCGCGAAUACAUCUUCUCCGAGAACAUCGGUGUCUUGGGUGAUGUUGCUGCCGGCAAGGAACAAACCUUCGGUACCCUGUUUGCUCGUACUCUUGCCCAAAUCGGCGGCAAGCUUCACUAUGGUCACCCUGAUUUCCUCAACGGUAUCUUCAUGACUACUCGUGGUGGUGUCUCCAAAGCCCAGAAAGGUCUGCAUCUGAACGAAGAUAUCUACGCCGGCAUGAAUGCGUUGUGUCGCGGAGGCCGUAUCAAGCACUGUGAAUACUAUCAGUGCGGCAAAGGUCGUGAUCUUGGGUUCGGCUCCAUCCUCAACUUCACCACCAAGAUUGGCACUGGUAUGGGUGAACAGAUGUUGUCUCGCGAGUACUACUACCUCGGCACUCAGCUUCCUCUGGACCGCUUCUUGUCUUUCUACUAUGCGCAUCCGGGUUUCCACAUCAACAACAUGUUCAUCAUGUUGUCUGUGCAGCUCUUUAUGAUCGUCUUGAUCAACCUGGGUGCUCUGAGGCACGAGACGAUUCUGUGUCAUUACAACCACAAUGUCCCCGCCACCGACCCCCUGAAGCCUACCGGAUGCACGAACCUGACCCCGAUUAUGGACUGGGUGUCUCGUUGCAUCGUCUCCAUCUUCAUUGUGUUCUUCAUUUCCUUCGUCCCCUUGGUCGUACAGGAAUUGACUGAACGUGGAUUCUGGCGCGCGGCUACUCGUUUGGCUAAGCACUUUGCCUCAGCCUCGCCAAUCUUUGAGGUGUUCGUUUGUCAAAUCUAUGCCAGUUCUAUUCAGCAGGACCUGUCGUUCGGUGGCGCUCGCUACAUCGGAACCGGUCGUGGAUUUGCUACCGCGCGUAUUCCAUUCGGCGUUCUAUACUCCCGGUUUGCAGGUCCAUCCAUCUAUGUGGGAGCCCGCUCUUUGAUGAUGUUGCUGUUUGCCACCAUGACCGUCUGGGGUAGUUGGUUGAUCUGGUUUUGGUUCUCGCUGCUUGGGCUCUGCAUUUCGCCCUUCAUCUUCAACCCGCACCAGUUUGCCUGGAACGAUUUCUUCAUCGACUACCGCGACUAUCUUCGAUGGCUCUCUCGCGGCAACUCCCGCUCGCACGCCUCUUCCUGGAUCGCGUUUUGCAGAUUGUCGCGUACUCGUCUCACUGGUUUCAAACGCAAGGCACUCGGUGCGCCGUCCGAGAAGCUCUCCGGUGACAUCCCCCGAGCUCACUUCACCAGUAUCUUCUUGAGCGAGGUUGUGGGCCCAUUGGUGCUCGCCUGUCUUACGCUGAUCCCCUAUCUUUUCAUCAACGCUCAGACAGGUGUUACUGGCCGGGACCUCGCGCCCCCCACCAACUCGCUGGUGCGAGUGGCCAUCAUUGCCUUUGGUCCUAUCGCCGUCAAUGCCGGUGUCCUUGCCGGCUUUUUCGGCAUGGCGUGCUGUAUGGGUCCUCUCUUGAGCAUGUGCUGCAAGAAGUUCGGCUCUGUGCUUGCAGCAAUCGCCCAUGCCAUCGCUGUCAUCAUGCUCUUCGCUUUCUGGGAGGUGAUGUUCUUCCUGGAAGGAUGGGUCUUCGCCAAGGCACUGCUGGGCAUGAUUGCCGUCACGGCCGUCCAGCGGUUCGUGUACAAGUUGAUCAUUGCUCUGUGCCUUACUCGUGAGACCAAGCAGGACACGUCCAACAUUGCGUGGUGGACUGGCAAAUGGUACUCGAUGGGUUGGCACUCGAUGUCACAACCCGGAAGAGAAUUCCUGUGCAAAAUCACCGAGCUCGGCUUCUUCGCGGCCGACUUCAUCCUCGGGCACGCCAUUCUCUUCCUCAUGCUGCCGGCCCUCUGCAUUCCUUAUAUCGACAAGUUCCACUCGGUGAUGCUUUUCUGGCUGCGACCUAGUCGUCAAAUUCGGCCACCAAUCUACUCUCUCAAGCAGUCUCGCCUGCGCAAGCGGCGUGUAAUCCGCUACGCCAUCCUGUACUUUACUCUGCUCAUCAUCUUCCUCGUCCUGAUCGUGGGACCGGUCAUUAUUCGCAAGUACAUCACAAAUCUGCCGACCAUUCCCAUGAACCUAGUCCAGCCUACCGGACAAAACAACAACGAUACAACCACCGGCAUCACAGGGUCUGCUCUUCUUGAUUUCGGUCAAGAUGCCACUCUUCCAGCUGCCGGUGGCGGUGCUGCGGCAACGGCUGCGGCUACAACCUCCGGCUCCGACUCCAACGACCCAUUCAGCUUUGGUGGUGGAGGCAGAUUUGUGCGAUGGUAG